ACACAUCAACCGUUCUCUUAAUACAUCCAUGACAUCAACUGCUACAUUUACAUUAUUUGAGCCGGCCACCCAUAUUUUAGCCAAUCUUUCCGCAUUUUUGUCUGCAUUCAUUGUUCAACAAUCCAGAUGUUUUAGAUUGCAGCCAUGCCUCUUCCAGACACAAUGUACUGUGCCCAGCAAAUCAACAUCCCUCCCCAGCUGCCAGACAUCCUCAAAAACUUCACUAAGGCAGCCAUCCGUACACAGCCCAAGGAUUUGCUGCUCUGGUCUGCGGCUUACUUCAGUGCGCUGUCUAAAGGAGAGUGUCUGCCUGUCAAGGACAGGCUGGAGAUGAAUGUUGCCACCCAGAAGACAGACACUGGGCUGUCUCCAGGUCUACUGAAGAUUCUCCAUAAACAGCUGUCCCCCAGUCAAACAUGCAGCAAGGAGGAGCUGCAGAAGAAAUGGAAGGGUCUGUGUCUACCCAUGGAUCAGCUGGAGACCCUGCUGUCACUGGGAAGCUUUGGCUCAGACGUUAACUGGAUGGAUUUUUUCGCCCUGGGCUGCAGUGCUCUGGGAGGGACCCUUGUGAGUUCUCUGAAGUUUGCCUGUGAGAUCCUGACAGAGGAUGACGAGGGUGGCGCUGCGAGAAUCCCGUUCAGCACCUUCGGCCAACUCUACACCUACCUGGCUCACCUGGACGGGGACAUGCCACAGGAUCACAUUGACAACUUCCUCCGCAGCCUACAGGCACAAGCGGAACUCCAACAUGGGAUGAUAAAACCUCUGGACUUUAUCCAUCGGGAUGAUAUGGACUCAAAGCCUUCUGAUUCGUCAAACUUUUCCAGAGCAACCUUUUCCGGAGCUGAAUAAGGACUAUGAAAAAGAAAUUAUAAAGCACUAUGUUUAACAGGGAAAGACAAACUUAACUCUAAACAAAUCUGCUGCUGAGUGCAGGGUGCAGCAUGUGUAUGUUGGUGUGACCAAAAGAGAGAUUCAGCUGGAAACGCCUGCCACUACACUGUAUCUCAUGUAACUAAUGUGCUAGAAACAUGGACAUCAUGCCAUCGACAUCACCCAAGGGAGCCAGCAGAAAGCUCCAGGGCUGCCUAUGACAGGCACCUGUCAAUCAAGCAAACACCCCCAAAGCAUUUUUGUCUUUGAGCCUCAUUAUCAUGGAACAAUGAUCUCACAAUCCCCACUGUGACACACAUUGGCGGAUGUAAAAUUAAUUAUUGAGACCUGAACUACUAGUGGAAAAAAUAAAUAAUUACUUUAUCUUUUGAGAGAGAAGUUGGAGGAGUUUCCCACUGAUUUCAACACAUACUGGGAUUUCUUGGAGCCAGUAUCCUGCAGCCAUUAGAGAAACUGCACCUCUGCAAUGGCUCCACCACUCUGCCUCACCAUUACAGUGAGGUUAUGUGUGUGUAAGAGGGGCCUUGUUUGCUUAACAGUAUAGAUUGUCUUUAGUCUAUUUUAUGUCUUUGUGUAUUUAUUAUUAAUAAUGAUUAGGGUCUAACAACAAAUGUGGAAUAUGCUAACAAUACAUGAAGUUGAUUUGUCCAGGCUGUAUUUUGGAGUCGUUUUU